AUGGCCUCUAUCAAUGUUAGCUGUGUUCCAAGAAACCCAGAGUUGUUGUGGCUACAAGCUGCAGAUGAACAUCGGUCAUACAACAUCUCCCAUGACCGUUCCCUCACAGUAGAGCCACGUUGCAGAAGAGGUGAUGGAGGGCUUAACAGACUAAUGCAAGAUGGUGUGGCCGACGAGGUUGUACGUUAUAUCAGGAGUGUUGGGUUUUACGAACUCUUCCAGUCAUAUACAUGCCAACUUGAUCAUUCUUUGAUCAUCGCGUUGGCUGAGCGAUGGCGUCCUGAAACCAACACGUUUCACUUUCCUAUCGGUGAAGCGACUGUCACUUUGCAAGAUGUGCAGGUGAUAUGGGGUUUACCUAUACAGGGACCACCGGUGUGUAGUAAGUGGGUUACAGAGACCCGAAAUGUUGAGUAUUGGAAGAAUUUGUGUCAAGAGUAUCUGGGUAUUUACCCGGAAGAUGACGACUUGCGCAAAGGUCGGAUGAAGUUUAAUCGGUUGGCGGGUACGAUUACUUUUGAACAUUGGGACCCGAAUGAUGAGGAGCGUUGCCAACAAAUGGCUAGACGGGUUAUUCUAGCUCUUAUUAGUUCGCAGCUUUUUCCUGAUUCUAACAGCUAUGAUGUUAGUCUUAACUAUUUGCCGUUUCUGGGAGACCUGAGCAUUAUACUGAUUCUAACAGCUUUUUCCUGA